GAGAAAAACCUGUAUAUAAAUUUUUUUGUUGAUCAUUAUUAUCAUUAUUAUUAUUAUAUAUAUAUAUAUCCCUCCUUUUAUAAAAAAUAAAAAAUGCAAAAAUCUGGGUUUGAGUAAGGCACUUACAAUGGAAGUGAAUGGGGCCAAUUCGUAAAUGUUAAAAUACUUACUGUUUCAAAAGUACAUUAACAAUAUGCAUGUUAUCAUGAUUAACAUUACUAUCACUUACUACACUUUUCUGUGUAGUUAUAUCCAAUUUUACAACUUUGUUGCCAUGACGACGUAAUGCCGUAAACAUUUAUACAACCACAAUAACAACAAUUAAAACAAAUUUACUGCUUAAAUAAUUUACAGGUUUUAGCAGAAUAAUUUAUGUGCUUUUAUAAAAUUAUAACCUUCAAAUUUCUGCCUUUAAACCUUCAAAAAAUUGGCCCCAUUCACUUCCAUUGUAAGUGACUCACUGUAACCACCAUUUUUGCUGAGUUUAAAUAUUUUUUAUGCCACAAAUGCUGUCGAUUGAGCUUAACAUAUAUUGAAACAGGAAUAUUCCUUAAACACUAACUGUAAGGUCCAAGUUGAGAGAAUAUUCCCAUCAUUACUUACUGUAUGGCAUUUUAAAUGACAUAUACUGACAUGGGUAAUUUAUGUUGCACAUGACUGGGCUAAAAAACAGCUUAAUAAAUUAUGGUAUUUAUGUUAAAGUAUGUUUUUCCCUUUGUGCUUUUAAAUUAUUGUCACGAAAAAAUCUGUAUUUGACAUUAGUUUUUAUCUCUAACUCCACUGGUUUUCACGCCUGGUCUUAAAUGGUGUUUAUUUUCUACAAACAUCCCUGAUUAACAUAUCAUUCUGCAGGAAAUAAUGUGGACUGACGCAUCAAUAUUUCCGAAAACAUAAAAUGUUGCAUCACUUAGUUCAUUAUUUUAAUAAAGCGCACUGGUUCCAGGCGUGCACCUGUUAUUUGUUACCAACACUCAAGUAUUUCCACUGUGAUUCAUGUAGCCUAAAGAAAUUACGACUUUAGAGAAUAUAAGAAAAUUACGAUGAUGAUUUAUGUGUGUGAUGUCUUAAUUUACUCUGGCACCCACAAAUACAAUAGGAGAACAGGAAAAAACAAGAACAUAUGAUCCAAAUGACUUAGUUUUCUAUUAGCCUACAGUAUUUAUAACCUAAAGCUGAUUAUAGUUACUAUAGACAAAUCCAGCCCCAAAUAUAACUUUUUGCGUUUUUCUAAAUAAAUAAAUAAUCGUAAGUUUUGUUGCAAUGGUGUAACUCGACAGUACUUGGGACCUGAGUAUUGCUCAUUUCUUUCUUCUAAACUGAUUUUGAUGAUUGGAUUGUAAUUAAUUAGCUAAAUAUGAUCAAUUCACACAAAUAUAGGUCUGAUUUUAUAUAUAAAUAAAAAAAUAGGAAUAACAAGUGUACAUAUGUUGGUUCCAAUGAGGGCAAGUGCGCACUAACAUAUUUGUGCUUAAGUUUUUUUUUUUUUCAUGGAUAUGGGAGUGCAAACGAGAAGUGAGAGAGAGAGUGAGGGGCGGCUCCUGGGCUCUCCAACCCCUCAGCUCAUUUGUGGGGCUGGCUUUAGGGAAUGAGACACUUGUCAGGGAAACUGCAUGACCCCUGGGCAAUCCUCACGACGAUUUGGCCCAGUUCUGUGAAGUAUCAGAGUCUAAUCUCUCUCUCUCGAAGAUUCUUGAGCACACCGGCGUUUUCAGUUUUGAGUGUGGUCCCAGGGGUGUUGAAGACGCAGGGGACUCUGUCCGGAUCACCUCUCUGUUGUCUUUUACGCACGAGUGUCCAUGCGCGCAAUGAAGCCAAUGAGGACAUGCGCCUCUCCUCAUACCUGAUGCUACAGCACCGAGAAAGCACGCGCAAAUUUACACGUGAGAAUUUCACCGUGUGUUCGAUCCUCGCGCCCGACCCAAUCAUGGGCAGAAUUGCGAACCAAACCACGGCAAGCAACGACACCGACCCGUUCGGCCGGAACGAAGAAGUGGCCAAAAUGGAGAUCACGGUUUUGAGCGUAACUUUCUUUGUGGCCGUAAUCGGCAACCUGAGCGUGCUGCUGGCCAUGCAUAACACCAAGAAGAAGAGUUCGCGCAUGCACCUGUUCAUUAAGCACCUGAGCCUCGCGGACAUGGUGGUGGCUUUCUUUCAGGUCCUCCCCCAGCUCUGCUGGGAGAUCACCUUCAGGUUUUACGGUCCUGACUUCCUUUGCCGGAUUGUUAAGCAUCUCCAAGUCCUGGGGAUGUUCGCAUCCACCUAUAUGAUGGUGAUGAUGACACUAGACCGCUACAUCGCCAUAUGCCACCCGCUGAAGACCCUACAGCAGCCCACAAAGCGCGCAUACAUCAUGAUCGGGUCUACUUGGUUGUGCAGCCUGUUGCUCAGCACCCCUCAAUACUUCAUCUUCUCCCUAAGCGAGAUCCAGAACGGCUCGUAUGUGUAUGACUGCUGGGGACACUUCAUCGAGCCGUGGGGCAUACGCGCCUACAUCACCUGGAUCACUGUGGGCAUCUUUCUCAUCCCGGUCAUCAUCCUAAUGAUCUGCUACGGCUUCAUAUGCCACACUAUCUGGAAAAACAUCAAGUGCAAGACUAUGAGAGGCACGCGCAACACUAAAAACGGGAUGAUCGGAAAGGUGUCUGUCAGUAGCGUCACCAUCAUAUCAAGAGCCAAACUAAGAACGGUGAAAAUGACGUUAGUGAUUGUUUUGGCUUACAUCGUGUGCUGGGCGCCGUUCUUCAUCGUGCAAAUGUGGUCAGUCUGGGAUGAGAACUUCUCCUGGGAUGAUUCUGAAAAUGCAGCUGUGACCCUCUCUGCCCUGCUGGCGAGUCUCAACAGCUGCUGUAACCCGUGGAUCUAUAUGCUCUUUAGUGGCCACCUCCUCUACGACUUCCUACGCUGUUUCCCUUGUUGCAAAAAACCCAGAAACAUGUUACAGAAAGAGGAUUCAGACAGCAGCAUUAGGAGGAACACCCUUCUGACCAAGCUGGCCGCUGCCCGCAUGACCAAUGAUGGCUUUGACUCUUGGAGGGACCCGUGCAACUCCCGAAAGUCCAGUCAGUCUAUAGGGCUAGAUUGUUUCUGCAAAUCAAGUCAGUGUUUGCAACAUGACUACUCUCGCAAAUCCAGUCAGUGUAUUCCCAUCGACUGCUCCCGCAAAUCAAGUCAAUGCAUGUCUAAGGAGUCUUAGGAGCAAGGUAGGGUUGGACUAAAUAAAGAUACAUUAAAAUAAACAGUAAGGUUGUAUGUUGUAAUAUUGUUGUAUCAGUUUUAUUUACAACAGAGACAAGUAUGGCUAUGUGUACAGCACAGCACAGUUGAGUUCUGUUAAGUCUGCCAAUUGUCGGCUUUAAUAUAAUGUCAUUACUAAAACAAUAUUGGACAAACAUGGUCAGUAGACUAAAUAUAUAUUAUAAUGUGAUAUUUCUUAUUAAUGAUCCAUUAAUUUUUUUCUGUAUUGCACUUUUCUUUAUGGCUAAAGUCUGUGACUUCAGUUUAUUUUAUUUGUGUCUUACAUUGAUGAGAAUUACAGCUUUAUGUCUUAGCCUGACAAGUGUUUUAUUUGUUUACACCAAUAACAUGAAGCUCUUUUUGAUUGUGUUGCAGUAAAAAGAAAUAUGUAUGUGUGCGAGUCAUUGUAAUUACUGACUGAAUAACAUUUGAUAAUGUUCUGGUGUUUAGUUCUCUCUUGUGUUGAUGGUGCCAAACAUUAAACUGAGCUAAAUAAAGUGAAACAGCUUGUCUGAUAUAUGGAUAAUAGAUUAUGCAAAUGUAAAUACUUUACAUACAAAAACAAACUGACGUAACUUGCUUUAUGUGUACAUAUUGUUGUAUCUUGAGUAAAGAAAAAAACAUGUAAAGAUAAUAAAUCUCAUCUUUACAGAAGAAA